ACAGAGGAAAGAGAAAAAAAUUGAUACUCUUUAUUCUACCCUUCCUACAAACGCUCCUGGAGUAGGGAACUUGAAAUGGGGGAAGGGUUUUUUCCUCCCUGCUAUUAUAUGUUUUUAAUUUAAAAAGAUACAACAAAUGUACUUAGUGUGAUUGGUUAUGAUCCUUGCUUUUCUUUAAAAUGGUCAUGGUUCGAAUCCUAGUACGUAUCUUUUUAAUGAAUAAAAAAAAGUAAUUGUGAAGACCAAAAUGUCCUUCCUACUUUCACUCUCGUUGCAGGAAAUUUGAAAUGGGGCUCCCGUUUUUCCCUUCGGUGUAUUAUAUUAUGUGUAGAUUUUAUCUUUUUUAUUUUACUUCACAAUUUAUAAUUUUUCUACGGUAAAAUGGUACUAACCAUAUUCUCCAAAAUAACAUGCAUUCUCAUAUAUUUGACACAAAAUUGAGCUAUUUUUGAUCAUUGUAUACAAUGGUGGCAAAACUUGGCAGUGCAUAAGACUAUAAAGCUUCAUUGUUGGCCGGUCUUCGUCUUCCGCCGUCGCUCAUUUCAAUUGGAAUUUGGUUAUUCACCAUGUACUAGGAUCCCUGCUAAGCAUCAUUAUGCUAUGAAGAUAUUGUAGUGUACAAUGAUUGUAUGCAAGAUAGUAUGAAUAUAUUAAUCAUGUAUCCUCUACUCCAUCGUCAACAACCAUUAAUUAACAUUAUGGUAUAGUAAGGGAAAUGGAGGUAUAUUUGGUCCCAAAAAUAUUUCCUAGAAAUAUAUUGAAUUCUUUAGUUCGCUAUGAUGUUAUUUUUUAGGAAAAAAAAAUUAAUUUCAAUUAAAACGAAAAAGAUACAAGUUGCUUAAAAAGUAGAAAAUGAAUAGCUAAAUUUUCAAGGAUUAACACUGAAAUAAGGCUUAUAGUGAUGGGCUAGGCACUAAAGCUGGCUAGCCACAAUGACUUUUUAUCUUUGUGGGUUUCAAUUUAGGUAUGUUGCUUUUAGUUUCAGUAUUUUGUUUCACUCUGAUUUAGCUCUGUGCUUUCCUAUUAGUUUAACUUUCCAUUUAGAGAUUCACAAGCUUAGAUAACAUUAGUGUCGCGAUGAUGUUUAGGCAACAUUAGUGUCACAAUUGCUUCUAUAUGAAAUAACACUCCAACCAUGAUUGUGUGAGUUAGUUUCUUAUCAAUGUUGCUCUCUUCUAAACAUAUUGUCAUUUUUAUUUACAAACUCUCACUCAAUGAGUCGGAAAUGAUGCUAUCUUUAGAAAGUCUUUGUUGUCACAUUUAGUUGGCAUGUGACAUGCACUCAUCUAAAAUAUUGAAUUGUUUAAAAUUUAGAGAUUUAGCUCUUAUUCUCCAAACGGCCCCGUGUAUACUGAGCUUGAUUUGUAUAAUGCAUUUUUGGAGGCGAUUUGAAUAUGGAAGUUGAAAGCAUUUGAGAUAGAUUUGGUGCGAUCACCAUGAUUUUUUUUGUAAUAUAAAUAAUUUUACACCAUUUCCACAACAUUGAUCCACACAAAUUCAGUAUAGUGUUUUCAUAGCGUCACCUCGAGGUAUUUUAUUGAUACUCUAAUCAAUUGAAACAUUUCCUCAUAUGUAGCUAAUUUGUCAUUAAUUUUGUUUUUCUUCUUAAAACGGAGAAGUACUUCAUUAAUCAAUGGUCUUGGUACAAGCGAGACCAACUACAACCAAGAUGAGACAAGAUACAACUACAACCAUAGUGAUAUUAAAUCAACAAUAUGAAUCCAAUCGGGAGGGAGAGAUCCCCGAGCCAUUUCUUUCGCCACCCAGUAUGUGCAUUUGUUAUACCCUCUUACUUUCAAAGACAUUUGGCAUUGGCACUGAACCCAUAUUGAGAUGCCAACAUAAGCAUUUUUUAAAAUGUAGCAAUUUAUUGACAUAUGUUAAUUCUUAUGCUAUCAAAAAGGAAUCUUUAUGUGUAUACCAAGUUGUAAAGUAAAUAUACCAUGAUUUCUUUGCGUUCUCCUUAAGCAAUGUUUCUACAAGCAUAACGGUCAGUCGGUCAUAUCCAACAAGAAACUUUUGCAAAAAGGGAACAACUAAAUCAAAUUUAUUCCUGCAUUUGUAUUGAAAUUUAAUCCAUUUGGUACUGGUUGCUUUGACUUAAAUUUCACCAAUAUCAAAUUUUAUACAUGUGUAGAUAUUGAUUCUCUCCCGAAACUUGAGAAGAUUAUUGAAGUGCAAUCCAUUUUUUGUGCCAUAAGAAAAUGUUUAAAGGAACAACCGCAUUCAGGCAUCUUCAGCCAAUGUUUUUUUUUUAUAUCUUUAGUUUCAAUUCAAAGCAAUAUAACAGUCUAAUUACCAUCAAAAUGUUGUUUUUAAUAUUUCACUUUGGUUUUAUAGCUAUGUGUGUACAAUGCACGUUUGCAGGCCAUCUUUUCCUUUACAGAGUGCAUGUUUAUCUAUUGUCUUCAUUUCCAAGUUUGUUUAGAGAAAAAUUUUAAAUUGUCAUUGGGUAUAUAUUUAUAUUAGGUACACAUUGGUAGUAUUUUAUAGAUCCAUGAGUUAAAUAUGUUCAAUAUUUUCCUUAAUUGUUUAUGGCAACUUCCCCGAGCAAACACUCCAAACGUCAAUAAUCCAAACGAAAAAGUUAAACCUCAAAUAUUACACAUAAAUUUCAAAGUUCGUUACACCUCUACUAAAUAUCAAACUCUCCCGACCAACGGGUCGGGCUCUACGCUAGUUCUGUUUAUGAGACAAUGUUUGCUUUGUAAUGAACCGAAUCAAAAUCAAACAAUUUCCCCCCCGGUAAUUAAACAAAAAAAAAUUGGCUCCUAAACAUAGGUAGGAGUAGGACUAAGAUGGCUACUAACUGUAGAAAAAUGUGAAGUUUCUUUCAAUAAAAUGUGCAGUUAAAUCCAUGAAUAGAGUGUGGAUAAUACAGUUAACUUGUUUUUUUUUUAUAAUUGUUAAAUUUGUGAUAAGAAAAACCUGAAGAAGACACUUAUUUGCAGUUCCAGAGCAUCGCCAUUGGGAAGCGGACAAACAUGCCACCCAAAAAUUUAGCCCAAAAUCCCGCCCACUCUCCACACCCUGGCUCACACGUGUCACGAAUCUGACCGUUCUCUCCUUCCCAUUCACGGUUACCACCACUACGUGUCCCACAACUCCGCUUUUUCUCACAACGUCUGAAAACGAGGCAUGCUUCCUCAUUGAAGAUCCCCCAAAAAAGCUUUUUCCUCCCUUUCCACGAAUGUUUGCUCUGUUUGUCUCUUUGCAAUCCCGUUGAUUGAUCAACCAGGCUAACGCCGGUGGUUUUUGGUGCGGCGGCGAUGGCGGGAAACGAGUGGAUAAAUGGGUACCUGGAAGCCAUACUGGACAGUGGCGCCGGCGGUUCCAUCGAGGACAAGCCGACGACGGCGGAUCUCAGAGACAGCGGCCAUUUCAACCCCACCAAGUAUUUCGUCGAGGAGGUCGUCACCGGCGUCGAUGAGACCGACCUCCACCGGACGUGGAUCAAGGUCGUCGCCACUCGCAACACUCGCGAGCGGAGCUCCAGGCUCGAGAACAUGUGCUGGCGCAUUUGGCACCUUACUCGCAAAAAGAAGCAGCUGGAGUGGGAAGACCUGCAGAGGUCGGCGAAGCGGAGAAUGGAGCGGGAGCAGGGGCGAAAGGAUGCCACCGAAGACUUGUCGGAGGACUUAUCGGAAGGAGAAAAGGGAGACGGCGUCGGGGAAUUAACACACAGUUGCGAAACGCCAAAGAAACGUUUCCAACGAAACUCCUCCAACUUGGAAGUCUGGUCGGACGAUAAGAAGGAAAAGAAGCUCUACAUUGUUCUUAUCAGUUUACACGGUCUAGUUCGGGGAGAAAACAUGGAGCUUGGUCGAGAUUCCGACACUGGAGGACAGGUCAAGUAUGUGGUCGAACUAGCACGAGCACUCGCCAAGAUGCCUGGAGUGUACAGAGUGGAUCUCUUCACCCGCCAGGUUCUGUGCACCGAUGUCGAUUGGAGCUAUGGCGAACCGACGGAGAUGCUAUCUUCGGGAGCUGAAGAUGGCGACGGCAACGAGAUGGGGGAGAGCAGUGGCGCCUACAUAGUGAGAAUCCCCUUCGGUCCUCGAGACAAGUAUCUUCGAAAGGAGCUGCUCUGGCCGUACAUUCAGGAAUUCGUGGAUGGAGCUCUUGUGCACAUUCUGAACAUGUCGAAAGUGUUGGGUGAACAGAUUGGUGAAGGCAAGCCAAUCUGGCCGUAUGUGAUUCAUGGACAUUAUGCCGAUGCAGGCGACAGUGCUGCAUUGCUGUCUGGCGCGCUGAAUGUGCCGAUGGUUCUGACUGGACACUCGCUGGGGAGGAACAAGCUGGAGCAACUUCUAAAGCAGGGGCGUCAGUCGAAGGAGGACAUCAAUUCGACGUAUAAGAUCAUGAGGAGGAUCGAAGGGGAGGAGCUCGCGCUCGAUGCUGCUGAAUUGGUGAUCACGAGUACGAAGCAGGAGAUCGAGGAGCAGUGGGGGCUGUAUGAUGGGUUUGAUGUGAAGCUUGAGAAGGUGUUACGUGCUCGAUCGAGGCGCGGUGUUAAUUGCCAUGGGAGAUACAUGCCAAGGAUGGUGGUUAUUCCUCCUGGGAUGGACUUCAGCAAUGUUGUGAUUCAAGAGGAUACACCUGAAGUUGAUGGAGAGCUUACCUCGCUUAUUGGUGGUACUGAAGGGUCUUCCCCGAAAGCGAUUCCAACGAUAUGGUCUGAAGUAAUGAGAUUCCUGACAAACCCUCACAAGCCGAUGAUUCUGGCCUUGUCGAGGCCCGACCCUAAGAAGAACAUUACAACUCUGUUGAAAGCAUUUGGAGAAUGUCGGCCAUUGAGAGAGCUUGCGAAUCUUACAUUGAUAAUGGGGAAUAGGGAUGACAUAGAUGAGAUGACUGGAGGCAAUGCAAAUGUUCUCACCACAGUUCUGAAGAUGAUUGACAAAUAUGAUCUUUAUGGUCUAGUGGCUUACCCUAAGCACCACAAACAGGCCGAUGUUCCGGAGAUUUACAGGCUUGCUGCAAAAACCAAGGGUGUUUUCAUCAAUCCAGCAUUGGUUGAGCCUUUUGGUCUUACCUUGAUUGAGGCAGCAGCUCAUGGGCUUCCAAUGGUAGCAACCAAAAAUGGAGGACCAGUUGACAUCAAUCGGGCUUUGAACAAUGGUCUGCUCGUCGAUCCUCACGACCAAUAUGCCAUUGCUGAUGCAUUGCUUAAACUGGUGUCAGAGAAGAACUUGUGGCAUGACUGCAGAAGAAAUGGUUGGAAGAACAUACACCUGUUCUCGUGGCCUGAACAUUGUCGUACUUACUUGACCAGGGUAGCUGCUUGUCGGAUGAGGCAUCCCCAGUGGCAAACUGAUACUCCUUUCGAGGAAUGCCCCGCAGAACAGUCAUCCCUCAACGAUUCCCUAAAGGAUGUGCAAGAUAUGUCCCUAAGGCUCUCGAUAGACGGAUUCAGUAGCUCAGUGGAUUACCUAGCCGCGAGUGGUGAGCGUGACAUCCAGGACCAGGUGAAGAAUGUUAUGAGCAGGAUGAAGAAACCGGAAUCUAUCUCCUCGAAUGACAAUGAACCUGUCAAGCCCGAGACAGGGUUGAGCAAGUACCCUUUGCUGAGGAAACGACGUAGAUUGAUCGUGAUCGCUCUUGACUACUACGACAACAAGGGAGAACCUGAGGGGAAGAUGGUCAAGAUCCUGCAAGACAUCAUGAAAGCCAUCCGCAUGGACUCACUCUUUGCAAGAGUAUCCGGGAUUGCAAUAUCAACUGCUAUGUCACUUCCUGAAACACAAGCAUUCCUGAAAUCAGCAAAACUCCAGACAGCUGAGUUUGAUGCACUGAUUUGCAGUAGUGGGAGUGAACUGUAUUAUCCUGGAGCUUAUGCUGAAGGAGAUGGAAAGCUUUACCCCGAUCCUGACUACGCUACUCACAUCGACUAUCGUUGGGGCUGUGAAGGCCUCAAGAACACCAUAUGGAAGCUGAUGAAUUCACCUGAUCAGAAUGGUGGUCCAUCAAAAACUGGAUCGUCUAGUCCCAUCGAGAAAGAUGACAAAUUGAACAAUACCCAUUGCAUCACAUACUUGAUCAAGGAUCCUAGUCGGGUGAUGAAAGUGCAGGACUUGAGGCAGAAGCUCAGGAUGCGAGGCCUUCGUUGCCAUCCGAUGUACUGCAGGGCCUCGACGCGAAUGCAGAUCAUUCCUCUUCUCGCUUCGCGAGCACAGGCGCUCAGGUACCUCUUCGUUCGAUGGAGAUUGAACGUCGGGAACAUGUUUGUGAUAUUGGGCGAAACCGGAGACACGGAUUACCAGGAAAUGAUAUCUGGAGCUCACAAGACCAUAGUGAUGAAGAAUGUGGUGAAGAAAGGUUCAGAAGAACUGAUGAGAUCGGAGAUCAGAGAUGAUAUGGUGCCAAAGGACAGUCCUUUGGUUGCCUUCAUCAACGGGGAAGCAACGCCAGAUGAAAUGGCUAGUGCCUUGAAGCAAGUUUCUAAGACUUCUGCUGGAAUGUGAAAUCUUCUAGAUAUAGAUUUUGGAGAUGGUGUGUAUUAUACAAUAUGGUUGUUAAUAUAUAAUUUAUUUAUUUAUUGGUGAGACAUCUAUAAACAACAUUUUGAGCUUGGGGAUCUGGAUGAGAAGUGCAACUUAACCUUCUCAAGUCAUCAAGUAAAUAGGCAUGAAAGUCUAACUUGACAAUUGUUACCUAAAAUAGGCAAAAUAAGGAUUGUCUUUUAUCCUUACUACAUAGUUGUUCUUCUUUAUUGUUUAUAUCUUAUUUAUAUCGAGACUCGUCCUAUUAGGGGAUAGCUCAUGGGACAUAGAAGAUGCUCGGAACUUAACCAAAAUGCCAUCGAAUUGUUAUUUAAGUGACUUUUGAUUCUUGUUAUACUUAAGUUAUGUUGAUUGAUUAGCACAUGCAUGACAAAGGAAUCAAACUCAACUCAAACUUAUUGGCACAAUAAUAAAAUAUAGGUUGGGGAAGAGUAAACAAAUAAGAUAAUU